AAGCUGCAGAUGAUAAUGACUGCUGUUGCCUCUAGUAUUCAUUCUGCUGCUUGUGAUACGUUACGGAGAUGCUACAUUUUCUGUUGCUAGUUACGAAUGCUUAUGAUGAAUGUUAAUGGAUAUCGCAAUAUCAUAUGCAGUUUCCUUCCCAUGGCGGUUCGAACAUUGGAAGGAAUGGAAGUGCCUUGUGGCUGGAGGGGUCACGUGAACGUUACAUGUGCAUCUGUGGUGCAUACAACAGAUGCACAUGUAAACUUCGAUUGUCACACACACAAUUCGAGGCAUGUACCAUGAGCUAAAUAAUCAAUGUGAAUCGAUGAGUCCCUGCAUCUCUCCACCUUCAUUGCCGAGUUUUGCAUACAGGAUAAUGCGUGGUGUCGCUCUUAUAAGACGCUCCGGAAAGGGAGACGCACCCUAACCUUGUGCCACGUGUCAAUAGUUAUACUGAUCUGGUCUUACACACGCAAGCCUAUCGGGUUAUUAAGGCGCACCGGAACAUAAGACGCACCCCAAAUGUGCGCCCGGAGCCAAUGCAGCUAUACGAAACUAGCCACGCACACGCAAAGCUAUGGCAUUAUAAGAGGCACUCCCUACGUUGUGUUUGAAUAUCCAGGAGGAGCGGUGGCGGUGGGAAGAAUAGUGCAUUUUAAAAAUGGGUAUUUCCUAUUCAGUAGAUUCGCUGGUAAGUGGCUCAUUACAUUGCUUCCUCGUCAGUCCUCAGCGAAUCCUGCCAGGAAACGACGUUUUCAGUGUACAAAACAUGAUGUGAAACUAAAACGCACAUGGGGAAACCCCCAUCCGUCGUGUGAAUCGUCUAUAAGUAGCAACGAGCUGCUUGCGUCGGGGAACUAAACCCAUUUACCGUAAACCCAUUUGCCUCCCAACUACUUGCGAGUCGAGAUGAACACCCUUUGUGUCACAUGUAUCCUGCUCACCACACUACCGGGGGUGAUAACCCUCCUUUCCGUGAAAACUCCGACUGAACUCACCGUCAUCACGGGCAGUGACUUGGAAAUCCCGUGUCAGUGGAAUGUCCCUCAAGGAGACGGAAAGUCAAGUGACAGUGACAUCAUUCUACAGUGGUUCAUUGAAACGGACAAAGGCGAGAGGCGACGGGUGUUCUACAAGAAAGGCCACCUGCAGGUGCGGGAGAAACCAGAGGGAUACGCGCGAGAGAUGCUCGUGGGGAAAGACUUCACGAUGCUCCUGAAGAACGUCACGCGGCAGGACAGCAGGGGCUACAUCUGCCAGGUGACGGCGGGAGCCGGAGGCACCGAGGACAGCACCGCGCGCGUCACGGUGCGAGAUGUGGUCCCUCCAGAGACUGAAUUUCCCGACAAGUCUGUCGUUAUAACACAAGAAACUUAUGCGGAGGUCGGCGUGUGCAUCGCGAGGAAUGGAUAUCCACAGCCCAAGAUCACAUGGCACAGAGGCAAUGAGUCUGUGGUCACUUCAACCGACUUCAUCGUUCAGGAGACGGUCACCGAGUACGCCGGCGACCUGUACACGGUCACCUCGAGAAUGUUGUACCGGCAGCGAUGCUUCACGAACGCCACCUUCCACUGCCAGGUUCACCACGGCUCGCCGGCUCGGCCAAGCACCGUCGCCUCGGGCAAAAUAACCGCAGUGCACGAGGCAAAACCACAGUUUCAGAAGACACUCGUUCAAAUAUCCAUUCCAGACGUGAAAACUGACUAUAGUCUUCUGUGCGAGGCCACAGCAAACCCCAUGCCUACUAUAAGUUGGAAUAUCACGGGAUCUCCUGUGGAGCACUGGAACAAAGAGCUAAAUGUGUUGAGUAGUCAGCUGGAGCUGAAUGUGAACGAGCUGGAGAGGGUCACAGUCGUCACGUGCAGUGCGUGGAACAAGCAUGGGCGGGGAGAGAUGACCUUCGUUGUACAGUACCGCAAAGAUACAUUUCCAAGAAGGAUCGAGGUGGUCGUUGGUGUGUUCGUUGCGUGCGCCAUUCUCGCAUUGUUCAUCAUUUCAUUUCUUGUCAUCAAACGCUGUCAAAGAAGUAAGAAUAAAGCUGGAGAAGCGGAUAAAUCACUAAAUCCACUUCACAAAGGCUCGGAAUGCUGUUAAUCUUAGCUGCACUAUCACAAUGAGAAGACAACGAUAUGCUGCCAAACCCAUGGAAAAGGACUGACUUUCGUGAGCUUUCGUCACAUAUGUCGCGCUAUGCUGUUACUUUUGACGAUUCUGUUGUGUGUACACAACCCUUUUUUUACGAGGUAUCAUUUCAAAGAGCACUUUAAUAUGUUAGGACUAUACGUGUGUAUGUAUGUUUACAGAAUCAAUAUAAACCAAACUAUAAUUGCACCACCAUAUAGGUGAGGUUACGCGAUGCUCCCGUGGUGUAACGGUCAGCGCACUGGGCUUGCAAUCCAGAGAUGACCGAUUCUGUUCCAUCUCCCAGCGUGACAACUGAAACAACGAGGCAAUCCCUCUUAAAUCCCCCCCCCCCUCCUCUGUCCACCAAGCAAUAUAAAUGGGUAUAGUCAGUGGGGUAAAAUGUGUCUACUGUAAUCCCAUACGUUUCAGGAUGUCCGUGCGCACGUGGAAAAGUAAGCCAAGACACAUUCGAUAGAGGGGGUUCUCUCGACUUAGAGUUUCCGCUUGUGGAGUCUCGUCUGCCAGCAUUGGCUCGAGCGAGUAAUUGCAGGGCUGCGCCUUUAUACGCGUGUUCGACUUGUAAGGGUUGGAGUUUGGGUUGGAUUGAACACACAGGAGUAGAUUAAGAAAUCAUUAUUUCUUUUUUUUUAAACGCCGUUCCACGAAUCAUAAUGUGCACAAUACGUUUAUACUUACUGUAUGCCGAUCAUAUACAAUGCAACGCUAUACUGUACUAGUAUACGGAUAAAACAUAUUAACGCCUGAUAUUACAGUGAUCCGUUCGCUGACCUACGGUCGAUGUGUUAGAAUAGUGGCUUGCUUAGGCUGUGCAGUGUUAAACAAUUUCAGUGCAACGUCGCAUAUCCGACCGUCGUGAAUCCACCCCGACCACCCACAUCCAGGGCGGCGACGCACUGUGCAUCGUGUCCCUCUGAAUUCACAGGAUUUCUCUCACUUCAUGCGAUUUCCUGGACAUGUUGCUCCAUGCCCUUUCAAGUCACCCAUGCGGGGCUUUUGCGUGGACUGCGCGCGCUAAACGCGGUUCGGGGCUGGUCGCUCGCCUCGUGCGAUGCAUUGCGGGCUGAGGUCAACUGUGCGGUCCGUGCGCGCCCCCAUUGGGUUCUUUGUUUGAUUUUGGAACGCAUCGGCCGCGUAAGAAGGGAAAGGGAAAUCCUGUUGCACGUUCGCAAUCUCGCGUGCAUUCACUUUCUGAAGUGCGGCAGAGUUUGUGUUUUUGCUGACGUUUCAAGCAGUCGUUAAGUCUCUCCUGCCGGGCAACAUAAUGUGUGUGUGUGCAUUCAUUCCCUAUCGACGUUCACAUAUGCUGUCCAAACCACGAGCUCAAACCCACUGCAUGUCCACUGCAUGAAAUGUGGCCGUUUUGCUCGUUAGACCACCGACUAGACCGGUUUAGGCCUCAUCGGUGCAACACAGUCAUCAAUAGGCCACCACUACCAUUUGCCUCUGUGUGUUGCCAACGCAUGGAAAGGACUUUCAACUAGUCACGAUUGUGACCCGGUUAGCAGCUGCCGACAUCUGUAAAUGAUGGGGAAAGCCCGUCACAACAGAAGCAUGAACGCAGGCUGAAACACGUGUUUAACAACACACAAAGGUGCGAAUCUUUGUGUGUACAAAAGCUCUCCUCCUUAUCUCCUUCACGAAAUUUAACUUUUUUUCACAAAGCCACAGGGAGUCGGAUAUGCGAUGUUAUAACGGCAAUUAUAGAACAUUUAUUUCGUCAGUUUCAGUAUUCUUGUGAAGUUCUUUCUUUCAAUGCAAUCUGUGGUGUGUUUUUUAAAAUCUUUUUUUAUUGCAAUGUACAUUAUAGACGUGAUGCGUGUUGAAUGAAUAAAAUAACAGAUCUCUUU